GCUUUUACCCAUUUUACCACCCUACCCGAACCAAACAAUCCCCCCAAAAAUUAGGGUUUAAGUUAAUAUCUCUGUCCCUCAAUCUUUAACCACUUUUUGUUUUCAGGAAAUGGGCAAAAAAAAUAAAGAAUCCAACCCUGAAAACCCUAAUAAUCCUUCAACACCAGCUUCAUCAAACAAUAUCUUCAAAUCCCUUUUUAAUCUCGACCAAAAUAGCCCAAAAGAUUCAAUCUUUUCAGAUUCUAACCCAUUUAGAGCAACCAAACCCGUAAAAGAAUCACGACAAAAACAACUUCAAGAAAUCCUGCAUUUAGACAUUGACAGCCCACAAAACAAUGACACCCAGAUCCCAAAAUCUGCAGAUAACAAGUUAUUAAGCAAAAGAAAAAGAAAAGAAAAAAUACCCACAAAAGAUUUUGGGUCAGAUGGGUCAGAUAUUGAAGCAGAGGUUAAGAAAUCCAAGAUUGAAGAUGGGUUUGUUUUAGAAAGUGAUAAAGUUGUGAACUUUGAUGAAAAGAAGAAAAAGAAAAGAAAGAGGAGUGAAGUUGAAGCAGAGUAUGAAGAAAGAAAAUAUGGAGGGGUGGAUUUGGAAAAUAAGGAAGUUGAGGAGGGUAAAAGGAAAAUUGGGGUGAAGAGGAAGGAAGUGGAUAAAGGUGAGGAAUUGCUUGUUGCAAAAGAAGGAUUUGAUGAUGAGGCAAAGUUGUUGAGAACUGUGUUUGUUGGCAAUUUGCCAUUGAAAGUUAAAAAGAAGGCUUUGAUGAGAGAGUUUAGCCAGUUUGGUGAAAUCGAAUCGAUUCGGAUUCGGUCUAUCCCUUUGUUAGAUGACAAGACUCCGAGGAAAGGUGCCAUAAUCAAAAAGCAAAUCAAUGAUGCUGUUGACAGGGUUAAUGCGUACAUUGUUUUUAAGAUGGAGGAUUCUGCACAAGCUUCUUUGUCUCAUAACAUGGCAGUGGUUGGUGGAAAUCAUAUUCAUGUGGACAGAGCUUGCCCACCUCGCAAGAAAUUGAAGGGUGAGAAUGCUCCACUCUAUGACAGCAAAAGGACUGUUUUUAUUGGCAACCUCCCGUUUGAUGUGAAGGAUGAAGAACUUUAUCAGCUAUUUACUGGUUUCAAUAAUCUAAAAGACAGCAUCGAGGCAAUUCGAGUUGUCAGAGAUCCUGGUACAAGCAUGGGAAAGGGAAUUGCUUAUGUUUUGUUUCAAACAAGGGAAGCAGCAAAUACAGUCGUGAGAAAACAUAAACUGAAGAUUCGAGACAGGGAGCUGAGGUUAUCUCAUGCCUUGAAAGCAAACUCAACCCCAUUGAAACGGAAAGAACCAUCAUCCGCAGACGGUUACAAUCCUUCGAAGAAGGCAGCUGUUGGCACCAACACUUCUUACCAAGGAAUCCAGGCGACUAAAUCUGGUGGCCAAAAGAAGUUUGCCACUAGAAUUGCAAAACCUGUCAGGUCUGAAUCAAGAAGUCAAAAUGUGGUGAAGCGAAAAGUGCGCUCGGAAAAGAGGCCAUCUGUUGCCGCUAGAAAGGCUGCAGCAAAUGCAACUAGGACUGGUGGUGAUGGUGGCGGCGGUGGAGGUAUGAAACGCAAGUCAGAAAACCGUACGCCACAGAGUAAUAGUAAGAACAAGAAACCUAGAAAAUUCAGAUAAGUGUGUGUUCUAAUUGUAUCUUAUAGCCAGGAAAGUUUGUAUACACUUUGGAUUCUUUUAUUACUUAUGUUGAAAGAUAUAAAAUUAUUUGAUGUUAUAGGCUUA